AUGUCGAGUUCCCGGCCUUCCAAGCGGCAGCGAAUAUGCCGAGCCUGCGACCAGUGCCGCCGGCGCAAGUCAAAGUGUGAUGGCGAACAACCCGUCUGCCGCAUAUGCCAGGCGGCGGGUCGCAACUGCUCGUAUGAGAACGGUGGUGGGCGGCGGGGUUUACCUACGGGGUAUGUGAGAGGCUUGGAGGCUGCUCUCGGAUUGGUGCUUCAGCAUGUUCCAAGCAGCGAGAAAGAUCUCCUAGAGCUGUUGCGUGAGCGCCCGAGUGCCGCGUCGAGGAAUCGGGCUGUGGAUCGCUGGCGAAAAUCCAAAGUCGCGACGGUUCUAUCACAAGCACCACCGGCUGGACCGGGGGAUUUAUCCGCAGAAGAGAAUAUUGACAAUGAUGGAGAUUGGGUGGUGGACGAGAAGCACAAUGCGCCCAGUGCAGAGGAGCUCACUGCAAAACCAACACCUGGCCCUAACGGAGUAGCGAGUCCUCAACAAACACCAAAUGCACGGAUCGAAUGGAAAGAAGCGAUUGAUAUGCCCUUACCGAGUAAUACAUCUGCUCUGCUUGAUGUCUAUUUUAUCCAUACACAUUCGUGGUUCCCGAUUCUCGAACGGCGUGAUCUGCUCCGAGCCAUGUACACUUAUCCAAGACAAGCUCCCAAUAGCUCAUCUCAUGUUAUCCUCUGGGCUGUCAUCGCCUAUGCGACUUUGAUAAAGGGGGACAAUAUGUCGACUGUCGAACCCAGACAAGUUUCGCUCUCCAUUCGGGGGGGCAUCCUGUCCAACUCCAUGACAGCAGACCUGGAUCUCGUCCGCGCUCUCACAAUGCUUGUCCUGCUGCACCUUGAAAUCGGAGAUAUCCAUUUGUCCUGGGUAUUGAUAGGAGAGGUCGCCAGAAUGUUAUCUCUACUCCCGAACUCGUCUCAGAGUGGCCGAUUCCGUAAUACAUUCCAUGGAUGCAUGUUCCUGGACAACUUGAUAUCAGGGUUUCUAGGUCGUACUCCCUGCUUAUCUACCGAGGAGCAACUGGAAUGUGGCCCGGUAGAUGAAGACGAUAUGGAAGAGUGGGAUAGCUGGAGCAUAUCAAGUAAUACGCCAGUAAGAGGUCCGCUACAAUCGUUAAGCACAUUCAACCGACUACGAGACCUCACACAGGUCCUUUCGAGCAUCUUGUACCAGUCGGAUCAUGACGCUGCACAUCUAACUUUGUGCAAUAUUAUCGAGAACAGCAAGGCUGCCCUAGCAAGCCAUCCAUAUACGGGCCGGGACGCAGCAACACCACCUCUGCUUACACUACACCUAACAUCUGAAUUCGUGAUUCUGACGGCAAUUCGUCGCUUCAAACUAUCAGAGCCCUCGGGAUUAGUGGAAGCUUCGCAUCGCUUACUGGACUUACUGAGCGAUUAUACAGAAGUUACCGCGUCACCACGAGCAUCCCCUCUGCUCCGUUACUUUGCGCUGCAGUGCCAAUAUUGUCUCGAAGCUCAAUCCCAAAACUAUGAACUUGUCGCAUUGAGGAGCCGCAUUUCGUCUUUCUUGGAGAGGAUAUCUGAGGCUCCAUUGUUCGGCAAGAACCCAGUUGGGAACUCGGUAUUACACGCGUCUGCUGCCGAUAUAAAUUGCUACCCCGAUCACAACAUUCCAACACUCAACUCUGGAGACACCCAAGUCUCUGAAACAGAAACUUAUCCCCAAUCAACGAACCUGAAUACAAUUCAAAUGCCAUAUGCAACUCCAGUCUCGAAUAUCGAGAACCCAACUACCCCCGACAAGCGUAACGUGCCACCUUCGCUAGGAGAGGCGGAUGGGUUUGAUGAAUUGUUCGAAGAGUUGGUGACUUCAUUUCCGAGUGCAAGAUUUGAGCCGGAGUUUGCACACAAUCUGGGCUUCUACGCCGGCGACCUGGACACGGACUUCAUGAGCCAGCUGCAGCGGUCACCGAAUGGAUGA